GAGACGUGUCCUCAGUGUACGGUGAUAGCUUGUGAGAGACGUGUCCUAGGAAAGAUGAAGCUCUUCAUUCUUUGUGUGAUAAUCCAAGGUUUGCUGGCGGAGGAUCCGGGACAGGUCCUGUCCAUCGACCGAUGGAAGGAGCAGGUCGUCGCGCCGGAGUUCCUCCUGGACGAUCGCGAGGACAUCGCGGGCAAUCGAAAUACCUUCUUCUACGAGGACAAGCGCAGCUUUCGUCCCGAGGGACUCGAGCAGGUUAAACGGAUCGGUCUGCAGCCGCGUCUCGUAACGAGAUCCCUGCAAUGCACCUGCGAGACACAGUACGAAAUAAGAGACCUGGGCGAAGGACACUAUCCGAGGUAUCUAACCGCGUCGCAUUGCAAGCCGAAAGCCUGCCAGAGCAAGUUCAAUCCCUGUCGACUGCUUCACUACAUGGUUCACAUAUUAAGUCAACGUAAUUUGAACGGGUUAAGCGAUGAUCGUUACUCGGAUGACGCGCUUCCGGAAACGCCACUUCCGGAAGCUCUCCGUCACAAGUGGCAACUAAAGCCGAUGAAGAUCCCGGUGGCGUGUGUGUUGACGACAGGAUAGAAGAAAUUAAUACAUACGUACAUGGGCUACCUCGGAUGUCCCAGAUCGACCAAGAAGAUAAAAUCUAGCAGCCUUCGUGAAUCCAAUUUUUUUUAGGGAUCCAAUCGAAUAAAUGCGACAUAUUGAAUUUUAUGCUUCCGCUUACGAUACGUACGGUAAAAUAUAAAAUAUCAAAUCUGAUGAAUAAAUAAUUGGAUUGUGAA